CUUCAACGAAAUUUGAAUUUUACCCGCCGUGUACAGAAAUAGGUCGACUAUGAUCCACAAUACUCGAAAAUGACAACCGCACGUCCGUAUUUUGAGCAGAUGGCUGUAUUUUUCGUUCUAAACGGCCCACUCUGGCAAGCAGUCGGAGAACAGCCAGCGGAGGCCACGUCACAUCCGGCGCAGUCAUGACGUAGGACGUCUCAAUCAACGAUUGGAGGAAAGCUGCGGCGAGGCUGACGUGAUUAUGAAUUUCGUCACUUGGUGGCGUUCACGAGUAAAGUUAUGUUACAACCUAUACGUUUGACCUGCCUGCGGUCUGAACGGCCUCACAAGUCACAACCCGGCAAACACGGCCACCCUGUGAUCCCAGUGUCCGUGAACCCACUAAUCCCGUGCCAAACACGGUAGUCGGUUCGUGCUUUGUGUCGCGAUGGCGUGUCGCGGAAACAGAAAACUUAGCGACACCAGCGAGGACGAAGACAUCGCUUCUGCGAUGGUGAAAGAUCGCCGAUUCGGCUUACAGCCGUACAUUUACGACCCAUCUGCGUCGUCUUCAUCUGAAGGCGACGGGGACGGGCCGGACACGCCACCACCAGCCCGUCGUGUGGGCUCCGCGAAUUGGUGCUCUUGCAACGGCUGCAGAGCGAUGCUGACGGACUACGAGUCCCUGUGCUGCCGAGAGGUUGACCGUGCAAGAGAGCUCUGCCAGGACCAGGGGGUGUCCUGUAUCACCAAGCACCCCUGGUUCGAGCUCUACUGCCUGAACAGGCCAGUGCUGGACCUGGCGUAUGUCACAAUGCAAUACUUCUGCCCUUUGGAUGCGGGGAACCGGACCCAAGAGGAGAAGUACCGCUACACGGCAUACCACCAGUUCACCUGGUGGGUGCACAAGAGGCUGGGGCGGGGAAACCGAGUGGUGCUGCCCAGCUGCGUCGUCUGUCAGAUUCGGCAAGAAUUCCCGUCCACAGAUGGGACAUACAGGGGGUUCAAAAAAUAAAAAAAGUAUUGGCCACCUGAAGGACUCGUUUACGGCAUGUUUUGUCCAGCCCUUCAAAGACACCUUCAUCAAUAAAAGACAGCAAAUGUCACCAAGCUCUAGGCUCGUAAGUUUAGCAAUAGGUUGCAACCUAUGAACCUAAGAAUGGCUUGCGAGGUCGUUAAUGACUAGUAGGUACGAUAACGUGAACAGUUAAGUUUUCCUGAUUAUAAUGCAUUUUUCAUUCAACAGAGCGGAACUUCACCUGUGCUUUUUCAGACUGUUCAGGCAGUGAAGAGGGAGAAGCUAAGUUUUAUCAUCUACCAUAAUAUCUCAAGAGAAGACCCAUCCCCAAAAGAUAGCCCACCCUGAUUUUCAGCAUAACUUCUUAUUAUCCUAAUGGCUUUAGUUGAACUCAAUUUUGCACGCUGCAAGUUAGUCCACCCUGUAUUUUCGCCUAAUAUGCUCUCAGUUUUACGUGGGCUGUCUCUUGGUAUAUUAUGGUAAGUCGCUCCUAUUUACUGCAUAAGUGGUUUUAGUGAUAAACAUUUGAUUUGCAAAAGUAGAAGUUAAAAACUAGCGAUAGCUUAUUCGCAUUAACCGCACUGCACCGUGUGCAUGGUGCAACACCGGCAACCAAGUCGAAGGUGUAGACAAAUACAUGUAUGGUAAUUCCAAAUUCUCGUAUAUCUUUGUAGCAAGAACUUGAGCCUCCAGCAAAAUUGGCGCAUAUAUCCUGCAUAUGAGCUUCCAUUCAAAGCAAAGCUGCAUUUGUCCACAGAAAAGGCAGACUAACAUAAAACAAAGUGUCACAGUAGCACCUGAAACUCGAGAAUUCCGAGGCAGUCAUUGGGUUCAAACGGUUGAUUGACCAAAAUGAAGUUGCAAGUGUUGCUCGCUGGAAGGACAAAACAAAGAGGUGGGAAAAGGCGGUGGUUCUUUGCCAAUGAAUGUAAGAAAAUUUACAUUUGUUAUUAAACAGCUGAUACGUAGUCACCUUGGAAAUCACUGUCUAAACCAGAUUUGUAACACUUGUGGUGAUCAAGUCUUCAAGCAAGGCACAAAAAUGCAGCUGGCAACUGUAGUUCAUAUGCUUGAGUAAGGUCCAGUGUAAAAAAUACCAACCCACUUUGCAAAUUAGUUAGUUUUUGUAUCAUCGUCAUAGGAUACACCACGGCUUUCACCAUCUGCAGGAUUAUGACUGCUCACCACCAGAUGACCAAGCAGCAGAUGAGGAUGAAAAUCGUAAUGACCAAGCGGAGAGCAAACUCCGUCUCCAAUGGUCUCAUUCCCAAUGAAUGGGCUCGUUCCCAGGUGGCUUGGGAGACAAGCAAGGGUACUACUGAGAAGAAUCGCAGAGGAUAUGGCGUGCACACCCGAGAGAAGAGCAAAGUAGAGCUGAGAAGGACAACUACCAGUCUGCAAAUUCCGUAAAAAUUCCAGUAGUCCAAUUGGUCUCGGAUGCCUCCUUUGAGAAUGCCAUGGUCUUCAAACUACCAGCCAAGCACUGUAAAGAGCCACCUCUAGAGGGCCUCCUUACAAGCAACAACACUUCCUGCGUUCCAUUCUUGAUCAUAUUCAUGAGGCAAGUUGGGAUUUUUUUUUUUAACCCAACCUCCUUCCUAUACCAUCUGCCCUGUCCUCGCUAAUAUCAGCAGCCUCCGAUAACCCCCUUUCUUGUCUUUUGGCUCCUGAAACAUUUUUACUCUACUACUGCAUGUGGCGAUCAACUUUUUCCUCAUGCAAAGAUUGAAACUUUGAGCCUUUAAACAAAAUCUUCGGAUGCAAGUCGGCCAAGAACUGGCUUCUGUCAUGUAUCGGCUGGUGGCCAAGAGAUAGCGUUGCCAGGCAAAUGCACUUACCAGCGCUCUUCAAAAGCACAGGCCUGGGGCACGGUACGUGUGCACGGGCAUUGGGAUUCGAGGCACCAUUAAAAAGCAACGUUUGGACGCUCCUUGGUGUUGUGCUUGGGCUUUACCCAGGAUACAUUACAUUUUAGCGACGAGGUCGGUCAACGUCCAAGAACUACAGCGGGAUGACCACCCAAGGCAAGCUGGAAGAAUUCGACCAGACAGCUUCUACUGCAAGGCGAACAGAAUAACAGAUCCUUAAAAGAAAAGGGCCCUACUGCUUACACGUUGUGGAGCACAGACGUACAAAGUCGUGCGAGCACUGGCUGCACCGAGAACACCCAGAAGUGUCAAUUUCGGUGAACUCAUGGUGAUGCUGCUUUGACCCGCAGCCGUCGGAGCUCUUCGGCACAACGAAGUUCCAGCGAAGAGACCAGCAGCCUGGGAGUCAAUUUCCAGCUACACGACAGCCCUAAAGAAGCUAGCUGCUGAUUGUAACUUUGGGAUUCUAGUGACACAGGCGGCUGCAACAACUUCCAGUACCGCAGGCAUGGGUUUGGCUACAACUGGAACGACAGCUGGUUCCGUCAACUUGGGAGCAACUGGAACUUCAGUUCCGGUGAGUCAACCAGUUUUCAACCCAACCAUGCUACCUCUCGACGUCAGGCUGAGAUUGUUUUGUUCGUGGCAUAAGAGACGAGCAUCUACAACAGAGUCUGUUUGCAGGGACCAACUUAACGUUUCAUAAAGCAUACGACAUGGCCGUGCGGACAGAAAGUGCUGCACAACAUCAACGAGAUUUGAAAACCCAAAAAUCUUAGGUUUAAGCUGUCAAAAAAGCAAUAUUACUGCUGAAAUUGUGGAAACGGAAAGACAAAACAAACUGUCAGAAUCCCAGACGUGCUACCGAUGCCAAGAACAGCAUUCGGCGUUCUCGUGCAAGUUCCAAAAUACACGAUGUAACCUCUGCCCCAAGAAGGGGCAUGUCAAAAAGGCUUGUUUCAAGAAGUUAAGGGCGCAGCACCAAGCGUGGAUGACACACAACGUGGAACAGGACAAUGAGACCCUUGAUUCUGAUGAUGAUCUUUCGGACAAGUCAUGGAGCCUGCAUGAGCUGAAUGCUGCCUAAGGUCAUCCUGGAGAUUGAAAACCGAGAGCUGGAAUUUGAGAUCAAUUCGACAGAUGCUUGCUCAAUCAUCAAUGAAGCCACGUAUUGUCCUCUGUAGCCCACGAAGCCCCAAUCACUGAACCAGGAGGGAAUAAUCCUUCAUACCUGGUCAGGAGAAAUUUUACAAGUACUUGGAAAGGCGAAUGUUUGCGUCAGGCAUUGAUUGAAACAAUACAUCUUGUCGUUGGUAGUGACACGUGGAACCAGUUCCAGUCUUCAGGAAGAGACUGGUUCAAAGAGCUGAAGAUUAGGGUCUGUGGAAUUCACCUCCUCGGCACCAGAAAC